AUAUAUACAAGUUUGCGUGGACCACUCACCGUUUGUUUUCAUAAUAAACAAUAAUACUUCUGCAAUUCUCUUCUCUAUCUACUUGACUUUCUUCUUGUGCCUUAUUCAUUAUUCACGAUUGUCACUCCCUAGCUUCAACAUACUUGCUUUGCCGCCAACUCCAUUAUGGCUGUUGAAAUUGUUGCUGGUGCUUUGCUCUCUGCCUCGCUUAAGGUUCUGUUUCAAAGAUUGGCCUCUGAGGAGAUACCCCAGCUGUUCCAAGGAAAGAAAUCCAUUCUCAAGCUGCUAGACAAGCUGAACACUAGGAUGUUAUCAGCUAAUGUUCUGCUCAAUGAUGCUGAGGAGAAGCAACUUCGAAAUGACAACGUCAAGAAGUGGCUGUUCAAGCUUCAAGAUGUCAUCUUUGAAGCCGACGACUUGGUGGACAGAAUUGACUAUGAAGCUCUGCGAUCCAAGCUUGAAGAUGAUCAAUCCAGCAGCAGCACAAGCAAGGUAUUUCACCAACUGAAAUCUAUGUCGCCUUUCUUGUCCACAUUUGAUAAAACUGUACAACAUGAUGUCACUGAGAUCCUUGAUAAACUAGAUGAUCUUCUCGAUCAAAAGGAUGCUCUUGGCUUGAGAGAAGUUGCUGAAAACGCACCUUCAAAAAGGCCACCUGCUCCUUUAGUGGAAGAAUCUAAUGUUUAUGGGAGGGAUACUGAAAAAGAAACCAUUGUUGAUUUGUUGCUGAAAGACGACGUUGAUGGUGCUACUAAGAUUUCUGUCAUCCCGAUUGUCGGGAUGGGUGGUGUUGGCAAAACCACUCUUGCUCAACUUGUUUACGAUGAUGAUCGAGUUAAAAAACAUUUUGACCUGAAAGUAUGGGUUACUGUGUCUGAUGAGUUUGACAUUUCAAAGAUAACAAAAGAAAUCUUUGAGGGAGUCACUUCCAGCAAAUGUGAUAUCGAGAACUCUGAAGACCUUCGAAGAAAAUUGAAGGAAGCAUUGCAGGGGAAGAAAUUUUUGUUUGUUCAUGAUGAUGUUUGGAAUGAGUCUUAUUCUUUGUGGGACACUUUGAGGAGCUAUUUUGAUUAUGGAGCAAAUGGAAGUAAAAUUAUUGUGACUACCCGAAGCAAAAUCGUUGCCUCUACUAUGACCACUGGGCAUAUUCAUCAUCUUAAAACUUUAUUGUAUAAAGAUUGUUGGAAUUUAUUUGUUAAACAUGCUUUCGGAACUAAUGUUGACAUCAAUGACUUCCCAGAUUUGCAAGAACUUGGCAAGAAAAUAGUGGGGAAGUGCAAAGGUCUUCCCUUAGCAAUAAAAUCUCUUGGUGGACUAUUGCGCUCUGAACGAAAUACUAAAAAAUGGGAAGACAUACUUAACAGUGACACAUGGGAGGAGUUAUACAAGAAGGAGGGUUCCAUUCUUCCUGCUUUAUGGUUGAGCUAUCGCCACUUACCUGGACAUCUCAAGCAAUGUUUUGCGUAUUGUUCUAUAUUUCCCAAAGAUUAUCAAAUUGAAAGAGAAAAGUUGAUUUUGUUGUGGAUGGCAGAAGGAUUUUUGCCACAUGAUAAAAAAUGUAAACGAAUUGAAGAAUAUGGAGAGGAAUACCUUCAAGAUCUCAUGUCAAGGUCAUUCUUUCAACGAUCGAGUAAAAGAAACUCAUGUCUCCAAAUGCAUGACCUAAUACAUGAUUUAGCUAUGUUUGUAUCGGAUAAUUUUUGUUUUAGGUUGGAUUUGAGUAAUGAUUUACUUAGACUUGGAACAAGGACCCGUCAUUUGUCAUAUGUGAAAGGGAAAUACGACAUCAACAAAUUUAAGGGCUUGUAUAAAGCCAAGAGCUUGCGUACCGUUCUAGCCUUGCCAUUCCAACGUUGGUACGAGAUGAAUGUGAACUUAGUCUGUGAGGAUAUGUUGUUCGCUGCAGGGAGUUGUUUAAGAGUACUUUCUUUGAAUGAAUCUUCUAUCAAGAAGUUGCCUCAUUCAAUUAGUAAUCUUAAGCAUUUGAGGUACUUGGACUUGUCUUACACUGAAAUUGAAGAACUACCUGAGUCAGUUUGUACUUUGUACAAUUUACAGACUUUAUUGUUAUUGGAGUGUGAAAUGCUUUGUCAAUUACCAAAGAAGUUAGGAAGCUUAAUCAACUUGCGAUAUCUAGAGAUUGGCGGUGUACAUCUGAAAGAGCUUCCCCAUGAAAUUAGCAAUAUGAAGCAUUUGUAUAUUUUAUCCGAUGUUGUUUUGAGCGAUGGAAAUAGUGGAGGAUUUAAAAUGAAAAGGGUAGCAGAGCUUGAGAAUUUGCGGUGCAUUUCGGGGUUGGAAAAUAUUAGCGAUGCAAGAGAAGCUUUAGAGGCUAAUUUGAAGGCUAAGAAAGGUCUUUCAGAAUUGACAUUGAGCUGGAAUGUUAAUGCUGGCGUGGCUGAUAGUUCGCAAAAUGAAAAGGAUAUACUUGAUGCACUUGAACCCCAUUCAAACUUGGAGCAUCUUAUUAUUGACAAUUACAGAGCUAGCGUGUCUCAAAAAGCUUACAAUUCAAGGAUGCGUUAGCGUGAUCUCAAUAGGUGAUGAGACUCCUCAUCACAAUGGUCCUCUAUUCAGAUGUCUAGAGGACUUGAGGAUUUCCAAUAUGUUGGAGUGGAAAGAUUGGUCAUUUAGUAGUGAAGCCAUGCAGCAAGGUCAAAUAUUCCCUCUUCUUACAACACUUCGUCUGCAUAACUGUCCAAAGCUUAAUGUUGCCUUACCUGGUUAUCUUCCAUCCUUGAAAGAUGUCUCUAUAUGGCGUUGUGAACAAAUGGUGGUUUGGCUCCCGAGAACUCAACAGACUGUCACAACCCCUCUCUCUCUUGUACAUGUAUAUAUAGACAAUUGGCCAUUGUUGGAAUCUGUUCUAGACUUGGGAUCACACUCGAAAGUAAGGAGUCUUGAAUUGGCAUAUUCUAAAAGGUUCCUUGGGAACCAUAAGCAGUGGGAUCUGCAUAGACUCUCCUCUUUAAAAUCCUUAAGUUUCACAUUUUGGGAAGAUGAUUCCUUUCCCGACGUGGGGCUCCUUCCGACCACUCUGACUAGUCUUGACAUUGGGUCAUCUCGUAACCUUGAAACCCUAAACGGCAAGGCCCUUCAACAACUUACCUCCCUUAAAUCAUUGUACAUUCAACAUUGUAGAAGGCUGCGGUGCUUGCCAGAAGAAGGGCUGCCCACUUCACUUUCUUAUUUGGUGAUCAAUAGAUGUCCGUUGGUAAAGCAACGCUGUGAGAAAGGAGGAGAAGAUUGGCCUAAGAUUCAGCACAUAACUAAAGUGGAAUUUCUUGAAUGAAGAACGUAUCAAUAAAAUGCUGCAAUGAUCUGUCUAGGUAUGUUUUCUUCAAUUUUAGAUUAUUUUACCGAUUGCUAUUAAUUCAAUGUUACACCAACAAUGAAUCCAAAUAUCAAAUUUAGAUUAGUUAUACUUGUUCAUUCAAAUUUAUUUUAAAAUUCAUAUAAAAAUAUUGCACAUGUGUUAGUUCGCUUCUAAUUUUCAAAUCUAUCCUAACACUAGAAUUAUUUAUUUAUUGGUAUUUCUUACACAAACCAGAGUUGCGUGUCGGUUGAAUUUUAGGUUUCUUAUCCUUUAGAAUACUCAAUUAUGUUGCUGUGGAUUUCUACUAUUUCAUACAAUUUUGCCAAACAAAUCCUUUACACACAUUUGGCUUUUGACAUCUCAUCGAUUGCCUUUGCUUCAGAACUGAAGCUUUAAAAUCAAUGAAGAAAGCUCAAGAACAUUAAGAAAUGCCAGAUUGAUACAAAGACCAAUACAGUGUUGCUAACUGGGAGUGAAUUAUCAAGAUGAUGGGGCUUUAUCUGCAUAAGGACUCACGUACUAGGGAAGUUGAUACAAGUACCCCUUGGAUGAUGCUUACUUGGAAGAACUCAACAAAGGAAUCAUCAGCACAUGGACAAGAAGAAGAAGUAGUGGCGAAAAAAGACACAAAGAAACAUCCUUCUUGAAUGAAGAUGCCAUGAAUUGUCAAGGAGUUGUGAACUGAAAACUUUGUUCCGAUGACACAAUUCAAAGAAAAAGACAGAAGAUCCUCAAAUGAAUACCUCUCAAUCAAAUUAGCUUUUGCUUUGGACAAAAAAUUAAAGUUCUGUAGCAACAACAAGCUUCUGGAAUUGGCAUUUGGAAAGCAGAUCUUCAUUAUAGACACAAGAUUUUAUGGUGGUUCUUGACAACUUAGUAAAUUUCACGUUAUUGUGGCUGCCAAAAAGUUUCAUGUUCUGCGGCUCUGCCCGUAGUGUCUGCUGGUUGGGAUUAUUGCACCUUUAAAAGUGACUCUUAACAGGUCAAAUCUGAGCCACUAUCUGUAUCUCCAACUUUGAAAUAUUUCAUCUUGUAUUGUGAAAGCUCACUUGAAUUUUUGGUCGUUUCGUUGCCCUCAAAGUCACCAAAUGGGCAGCUGCUUUUGAUGGCUUCUGUUUUUAAUGAACUUGAAGAUUGGUGUGAAUGCAUCUUUGUUUAUUGGUUUGUUUGCUCUAAUUUUUCAUCAUUGAAGAUUUUGUGUCCCUCACAGUUGAGCAAGAGGGACAUUGAGAUUUGUAGUUACAGACCUAAAUAUUUGCCUCUGAGAUUUGUAUAUAAUGUUCAAUGAAAUCUCAUUUCAUUAUGCAAA